UGUCCUCACAAACCAUCUCCACACACUCAAGCCUCAUUCUUGGAGAACACACAGCACACUAUUAGUCUCUGCAGCGCAAUGGCGGCCACCACCAUGUCUCUUUCCUCUUCGUCCUUCGCCGGCAAGGCCCUGAAGAACUUGCCCUCGCCGGCUCUCAUUGGCGAGGCACGUGUGACCAUGCGCAAGACAGCCGCGAAGGCCAAGCAGGUUUCGUCGGGCAGCCCAUGGUACGGCUCUGACCGUGUGCUCUACCUCGGCCCCCUUUCCGGCGAGCCACCAAGCUACUUGACUGGUGAGUUCCCCGGUGACUACGGAUGGGACACCGCCGGGCUCUCGGCUGACCCUGAGACCUUCGCCAAGAACCGGGAGCUCGAGGUGAUUCACUGCCGAUGGGCCAUGCUCGGUGCUCUUGGUUGUGUCUUUCCCGAGUUGCUUGCCCGCAAUGGCGUGAAGUUCGGCGAGGCCGUCUGGUUCAAGGCUGGCUCUCAGAUCUUCAGCGAGGGUGGCCUCGACUACCUUGGCAACCCCAGUCUCGUUCAUGCUCAAAGCAUCCUCGCCAUCUGGGCUUGUCAGGUUGUGCUCAUGGGUGCCGUUGAGGGGUACCGCAUUGCUGGUGGUCCGCUCGGCGAGAUCGUUGACCCACUCUACCCUGGUGGCAGCUUUGACCCGCUUGGCCUGGCCGACGACCCCGAGGCAUUUGCGGAGCUCAAGGUUAAGGAGAUUAAGAAUGGUCGGCUUGCCAUGUUCUCCAUGUUUGGCUUCUUCGUGCAGGCAAUUGUCACUGGCAAGGGCCCAUUGGAGAACCUUGCAGACCACAUUGCCGACCCUGUCAACAACAAUGCGUGGGCAUUCGCCACCAACUUCGUGCCUGGAAAGUACAUCUCCUCUUCUUCUCUAAAGCCAUCUCCACAAUCACACCUCACUUGGAGAACAAACACAUACAGCAGACACAUUAACACUCCAAUGGCGGCCACCACCAUGUCCCUCUCCUCAUCGACAUUCGCCGGAAAGGCGGUGAAGAAUGUCCCAUCAUCGGCUCUCUUUGGUGAGGCCCGCGUCACCAUGCGCAAGACCGCGGCGAAAGCUAAGCAAGUUUCCUCCGGCAGCCCAUGGUACGGAGCUGAUCGUGUGCUCUACCUCGGCCCACUCUCUGGCGAGCCCCCAAGCUACCUCACUGGUGAGUUCCCCGGUGACUACGGGUGGGACACGGCUGGACUCUCUGCUGACCCCGAGACCUUCUCGAAGAACCGCGAGUUGGAGGUGAUCCACUGCCGCUGGGCUAUGCUCGGCGCACUGGGCUGCGUGUUCCCUGAGUUGCUUGCCCGCAAUGGCGUGAAGUUCGGCGAGGCUGUCUGGUUCAAGGCCGGCUCGCAAAUCUUCAGCGAGGGUGGCCUCGACUACCUCGGCAACCCAAGCCUCGUCCAUGCUCAAAGCAUCCUUGCCAUUUGGGCUUGCCAGGUUGUGCUCAUGGGCGCUGUUGAGGGGUACCGUGUUGCCGGCGGCCCACUCGGCGAGAUCGUCGACCCUCUCUACCCGGGCGGAAGCUUUGACCCACUCGGUCUGGCCGAUGACCCUGAAGCAUUCGCCGAGCUCAAGGUGAAGGAGAUCAAGAACGGCCGCCUUGCCAUGUUCUCGAUGUUUGGCUUCUUUGUCCAGGCCAUAGUCACCGGCAAGGGCCCUCUUGAGAACCUCGCUGACCACAUCGUCGACCCCGUCAACAACAACGCCUGGGCAUUUGCCACCAACUUCGUCCCCGGCAAAUAAGGUGUCCUGGAGCUACUCAUGUUGAAGUGUGAGGUUGUGUGGUUUGAUUUGUACUACCAUGAUGUAAAUUAUGAGAAUUCUAUGGAGAAGCAUUGUUAGAUUUGACCA